AUGCGCACGCUUCAGGACGUGCGGCAGCGAACUGCUGAUAGCAUGGCUGUCAGAGCGGUUCGGCAGGCUGAAAAAGUGGAUGGCGCGACGGUCGGCGUUGUCUUCACUCUCUCGCGCUCUGCGGAGGAGCACUUCCUGGUUCUCAUCGCAUCGUCCAUCAGCCGCGUCCUUUUCAGGCAGAACUUCCUCUUUGCCGUAGGAUGUCCGAGCGCGUCCCCGGAAGAGCGCAGCCCGCUCUUGUUCUGCGGUACUACGGAUGAGCUAGUUCGCAGAGCCGGGAUACUCAGCAGCUCGAAGUUCCUGGGACGCAUCAUGGAAGGCUCCUCAGCAGCCCAAGGGCUAUGGGUCGGCUCCGUGCGCAACCUGGGUGCUACAUCCUACGAUGAGUUGGCACUGUGGGACUCUAUUCGCAAGGCCGUUCGCGAUCCGAUGGACCCUCUCGUGCCGCCGCCUGGGUCUCGUAGUGUCCAACAGCUCUUGUCGCAGGCUCGCGCGCGCCUUGAGAGGCUGACGCCGCAGCAAGCGUAUGAAGACCUUCAUAGUGCGCACCGCCCUUGGCCCGUCGUCCUCGUCGACAUCCGCCCGGAGAGACAGCGCGCGCAAGAAGGAGGCAUCAAUGGAUCCAUGAUCAUCGAGCGUGGCCUGCUCGAGUGGCGCCUCGAUCUGCAGUCCCCUCAACGGCUCCCCAUCGCCAACCGUUAUGACCUCCGAAUCAUCAUAUUCGACCACGAAGGCGACUCAUCAUCCUUUGCCGCGAUAUCGCUGCAUGACCUGGGAAUGCUGCAUGCGACGGACAUCAUCGGCGGUUACACUGCGUGGAUAGAGGCUGGUUUACCAAUGGAAAUAUCCCCGCAUUUGUAUGACCGACUAAGCUACAAGGUAUUGAAUAGAUAG